UGCAAGUUAACACUGUGCUAUCUCUGUUUACCGGAACAACAGGAUAGACCCGCUCAUGUGAUACCGCUAACGAGCACAGCAUGCCGCAUCCCAGCCCGUGCGACGCGCGCAGUUAUGCCGAGACAUUGGAUUACCGAUUGCAAUGGAGACUCGCUCUUCACAACUACAGGCAACGCGCCUUCCCGAAAGACGCGCAUAUUGACGAAUAGUAUAUUGACGAAUAGUAGGUAGAGUGCUACGCCAAACGAGCAUGUCAACACCAAGGCCUUUCAGCUUCAGCAGUGAUGAUAAGGACGAGGAGCGGACAGUCGACUUGAUAAACUUGAUAGCAGUGGUUCCAAGGCCGGACGGAACUUCCUCGACUGUAAUAUACGUCGAGCACGAUGAUGCCAAUCCCACCGCACUUCCCCAACUCAAAUUCUCGAAGGCGACUUCUCCACCUCCGAAUCUUCCGCCCAUGAACAUAUCGAACGACCGAGAAAUCCACAUUGUGGUAUCUACUGGCUCUGGGACAGGGAAAGCAGAUACCUUCUUCGAUGAGGCAGUCAAGCCGCUACUGCGUGCUCUCUUUCCUGACUCCCACAGGUUUUUUAAAAUACACCCCACUAAAUCUGCCACGAGUAUUCAUGAUCUUACGAACGACGUCUUCUUUCCUCAAGCAAACUCGGGCUCUCUUCUCCGCAUAAUUUUGUUGUCUGGAGAUGGUGGAGUUAUCGAUCUUGUUAACGGCUUGUUAUCCAAACCGGCAUCCGUGGAAUACAAGCCUCCUCAAGUUGUACUUCUCCCCCUCGGCACUGCAAAUGCGCUAUACCACUCUAUCAACGCCGGAAGGGAGAAUACAUGGGGUUUAAAAGCUCUCGCCUUGGGCAACUACCAACCACUACCCAUCUUCACAGCAACAUUCUCUCUCGGAGCCCGCUUGCUCAUCAAUGAAGCCCGCAGCGAAGAAGAACUACCGAAAAAUCCACAAACCGGAAGCCCAAUUCUCCACGGGGCAGUCGUUUGUAGCUGGGCCAUGCACGCCUCCUUAGUCGCCGAUAGCGAUACGGCGGAGUACCGGAAAUUCGGCGUGGAAAGGUUCAAAAUGGCUGCGAAAGAAGCCUUAUUUCCCGCUGAUGGUUCCAUGCCACACCCUUACAAGGCUAAGGUCUCCAUACUCAGAGGCAACAAUUGGACACCGCUUGAGAAGGAAGAACAUAUGUACGUUCUCGCCACCAUGGUAUCCAACCUCGAGAAGACGUUCAAAAUUUCUCCUGCUUCAAAACCGCUCGAUGGAAGUUUGCAUCUGGUGCAUUUCGGACCCACUGAUGGUAAUGAGGUGAUGAGGAUCAUGGGUCUCGCGUAUCAAGGCGGCAAGCAUGUAGAUGAUCCCUUUGUCCUUUACGAAAAUAUCGAGGGGCUGCGGAUUCAAUUUGAGGGUAAAGAGGAGGAUGCGAGGUGGCGACGUAUAUGCAUAGAUGGGAAAAUCGUCCGAUUGGAGAAGGAUGGCUGGGUCGAGCUAAGAAAAGAGACCCAGCGGGUGGUGGACGUGGCAUGCAAUUAAUUCACCUUGUCAAGGCUGGUUCUGGGGGCUUGAUAGAAGGGGGGUGGGUCGCUUACAAGGAAGCGCAAGAAUCCACAGCGGUGGAGAUAGUUUUGUUUGCUGAUUGGUAAAGCAUUGUUGUACGCUCAGAGACU